AUGGACCCCAACAACAAUAAUAACAACCGCCUGCACCUCAACUUUGGCAACGAGAGGUUGCCCAUGCCCAACGAUCGCACAUACCCCACGACGCCCUCGACUUUCCCGCAGCCCGUCUUCCCCCCAAACGCCGCAGGUCAGCAACCCGCGACGAUGCAGCAACAGGCUGCCUAUGGUGCUGCCGGAUACGCUCCCCAGGGUUACUUUGCCCAGGGCCAGUACCAGCAGCAGCCCCCUCUGCCGCAACAGCCUCAGUAUUCUGUCCCGCCCGCCGGCUACGAGUACAACAACGUGCCCGCUCCCGGUGGUGCCCAGUACCAGCAGCCUCGCUCCAACACGCCUGGAAGCGACCCCAACACCGGUCUCGCCCACCAGUUCUCCCACCAGAACCUAGGCGGCGCCGCUCGCCAGGCCCCCUAUGCGCCGCGCGCUGGUGCCCAAGCCCAGCGUCCCCGGACCGCCGGUGGCAGCUCCCAGCCCGCCUACAGCAACUACUCCAGCGUCCCGCUGCCCACGCAGGGCGGUGCUGCGCCCGCCGAGUUCCAGCCUACACCGGAGAGAAACCCCGACAAGUACGGCAGCAAUGCCAACAGCAAUCAGAAGAAGUGCUCGCAGCUUGCCGCCGACUUUUUUAAGGAUAGCGUUAAGAGGGCCCGCGAGCGCAACCAAAGACAGAGCGAGCUGGAGCAGAAGUUUCGGGAUCCUGCCCAGAAUGAGGCCAGGAAAGAGCAGCUCUGGUCGACCGCAGGCCGCAAAGAAGGGCAGUAUCUGCGUUUUCUGCGCACUAAGGAUAAGCCCGAAAACUACACCACCGUCAAGAUCAUUGGCAAGGGAGCCUUUGGUGAGGUCAAGCUGGUGCAGAAGAAGGGCGACGGCAAGGUGUACGCCAUGAAGUCUCUGAUAAAGACGGAAAUGUUCAAGAAGGACCAGCUUGCCCACGUGCGUUCAGAACGUGAUAUUCUUGCCGAGUCUGACAGUCCCUGGGUUGUCAAGCUCUAUACCACGUUCCAGGAUACGUACUUUUUGUACAUGCUUAUGGAAUUUUUGCCUGGUGGCGACUUGAUGACCAUGCUCAUCAAGUAUGAAAUCUUUUCCGAGGACAUUACUCGAUUCUACAUUGCCGAGAUUGUCCUCGCUAUUGAGGCUGUUCAUAAACUUGGUUUCAUCCAUCGUGAUAUCAAGCCGGACAACAUUUUGCUGGACCGUGGCGGCCACGUUAAGCUGACUGAUUUCGGUCUGUCCACCGGCUUCCACCGCCUGCAUGACAACAACUACUACCAGCAGCUGCUGCAAGGGCGCUCAAACAAGCCCAGAGACCGCAACUCGGUUGCCAUUGACCAGAUUAACCUGACAGUCAGCAACCGUUCCCAGAUCAACGACUGGAGACGAUCGCGACGUCUGAUGGCCUAUUCUACCGUCGGCACCCCUGACUACAUUGCUCCCGAGAUUUUCACGGGGCACGGCUACACAUUCGACUGCGAUUGGUGGUCGCUGGGAACCAUCAUGUUUGAGUGUCUGGUCGGCUGGCCUCCAUUCUGCGCCGAGGAUAGCCACGAUACCUACCGCAAGAUUGUCAACUGGAGACAGACCCUGUACUUCCCCGACGACAUCACCCUCGGUGUUGAGGCGGAGAAUCUCAUCCGAAGCAUGGUUUGUAACACGGAGAACCGCCUGGGUCGUGGUGGUGCUCACGAGCUCAAGAACCACGCCUUCUUCCGUGGCGUUGACUUUGAUGGCCUUCGUCGCAUUCGUGCGCCGUUUGAGCCUCGCCUCACCUCCAACAUUGACACCACCUACUUCCCUACCGACGAGAUUGACCAGACCGACAACGCUACCGUCCUCAAGGCGCAGGCUUUGCAGCAGAACGGUAACCGCCAGGUCGAGGAGUCGCCUGAGAUGAGCUUGCCUUUCAUUGGCUACACCUUUAAGCGAUUCGAUAACAACUUUCGAUAG